AUGUUCGACAUUCUCAAGGCCGACAUCGUCGUCUUCCAGGAAACCAAGAUCCAACCUAAGGAUUUGCGAGAUGAUAUGGUUCUAGUACCUGGAUGGGACUGCUACUUCAGUCUUCCACGCAUCAAAAAAGGCUACUCCGGAGUGGUCAUUUACACUCGCAAUGCAACCUGUUCUCCCAUCCGCGCCGAAGAAGGUCUUACUGGUAUGCUUUGUCCGCCCAACUCGUCGAUUCCGUUCCGAGACCUCCCCGAGGAUCAGCAGAUUGGGGGAUACCCGACUAUAGAACAACUUUCUCAGCUCGAGUUAGACGCCACUACGUUAGACUCGGAAGGCCGCUGCAUCAUCUUAGAAUUUCCAGCAUUUAUUCUUAUCGGAAUUUAUUGUCCGGCUAAUCGGGAUAAAACGCGUGACUCUUUCCGACAUAGCUUUCUGGAUCUAUUCGAUGCGCGCAUCCGGAACCUAGUAGCAAUGGGCAAACGCGUUUUCGUUACAGGCGACAUCAAUAUCUCCCGAGGGGAGAUUGACGCGGCACAUGCAGCUGAAGCUAUUCGGAAAGGCACAACGACAGACGACGAGUUCGUGUCUGUGCCUGCACGUCGGCUGUUCAAUCAGCUGCUGGCCGACGGAAAAGUAAUCGGUCCUCGCGAUAACAACCGAGAACAGCCCGUUCUGCAUGAUAUUUGUCGCUCGUUUCACCCAGAUAGGCAGGGCAUGUACACCUGCUGGGAGCAGCGGAUCAAUGCGCGACCAGGAAAUUACGGAUCAAGGAUCGAUUACGUUCUGUCCAGUUUAGACAUGCAAGAGUGGUUCUGCGAUUCGAAUAUCCAAGAAGGACUGAUGGGAUCUGAUCAUUGUCCAGUUUACGCUGUCUUUAAAGAUUCUGUCCCCCUCGAAGAUACCGAGGUCAAUAUCCGCGAUCUCAUGAACCCCCCGGGCGUAUUCUAUCACGGAGAGCGCCAGAGCGAAUACUCCACUAAGCUCCUUCUCCCUCUUUCCGGGCGACUGAUCCCAGAGUUCAACAAGCGAAGAAACAUCAAGGACAUGUUUACACAGAAGCCCAGUGCUGUCCCGAAACUUAUUACGCCAUCAAUAUUAGCUGCAUCUACUGAACCUCCUAACAACACUCUUACAACUUCAGUACCUGACCAAUCCCAACAGGCACCAAAAGGUACCGUCCGUAAACGCACUGAAAGACCUGAUCUCUCUCCGCCCGUUAAACGCACUAAGUCUAUCUUAACAUCUACGCCCGCACCACCUACCACGGGCCAGAAAACCCUCAAGGGUUUCUUCAAACCAAAACCAGAUUCCUCUAACUCGAUUAAGUCCAAGAUUACACCUAACCUAUCUUCUCUCUCUCAAGCGUCUAAAACUUACCUACCCUCUCAAUCACAAUCACAACCUUUACCUCAACUAUUAUCCCAAGACGCUGACUCAACUCCGGACUGCGAAACUGAUACGAUAAUUGACCCUAUCACCAGCAAAGAAGACUGGACGAAACUCUUCACUAAGAAACGCCCCCCAGCAUGCGAAGGACACCAAGAAGAGUGCAUCCGCAUGACAACCAAGAAACCGGGAAUUAAUUGCGGACGGGCGUUCUGGAUCUGUCCGAGACCGCUAGGGCCGAGCGGGAAUAAAGAGAAGGGGUCGCAGUGGCGGUGUCCGACUUUUAUGUGGGCAAGUGAUUGGAAUCCGUAG